AACACCGGGGUAACAUUCUACGGCUUCCAAGUUGGGUCAAAUUUGAGGCAAGUAAACGCGCUGGAAACAAAAUUCUCCAUCAAAUUGGAGGAGCAAAGGUGCCGUGAAGUCACGGUCGUUCGUCAGGCGUGAUGAGAGUCUUAGUUGGUGGAGGAACUGGGUUUGUCGGACGAGAGCUCAUCAAACUGCUCAAGAAUAAGGGCCAUGAAGUCACUGUGAUUUCCCGACAGCCAGGGCCUGGGAAAAUAACAUGGGCAGAACUGGAGUCUGGUGGUCUACCACCUUGUGACGGCGCUGUCAAUCUGGCAGGGGAGAAUAUUAUGAACCCUCUACGCUGGUGGAAUGACAGCUUUAAAAACGACCUGUUUUCCAGCCGAGUUGACACUACCAAAACUCUGGCCCAAGCUAUUGCAUCCUCUCCCAGUCCUCCCCAUGCCUGGGUUCUUGUCACGGGUGUAGCGUGCUACAGACCCAGCCUACUAACCCAGUAUACAGAGGAAAGUGAUUGGACGCCCUUUGACCUCUUGUCAAGGCUGGUGAGAGAGUGGGAGGGUGCGGCAAAACUCCCUGAUGACAUCGCAAAGAACACCAGACAAGUGGUUGUGAGACCAGGUGCUGUACUGGGCCGUGAUGGCGGGGCCAUGAAGCAGAUGCUGACUCCCUUCUGGUUUGGCCUGGGAGGCACUCUGGGCUCCGGGCGCCAGCCUUUUCCCUGGAUCCAUGUCUCAGACCUGGCAGGCAUCAUCGCACACGCCCUGGAGCCCACCACUCCGCUUCCCUCCGACCAACCGGUGGUGCUCAAUGGUGUCGCCCCCACACAGGCCACCAACUACGAGUUCACCAAGGAGCUGGGCCGCAUCAUGCAGAGGCCCACAGUAAUCCCUGUGCCUGGUUUUGUGUUGGAUGGCCUGCUUGGCUCUGAACGGGCGGUUAUUCUCACGCAGGGUCAAAAGGUUGAGCCUAAAAUGACUCUGGAGUCCGGCUUUCAGUAUCAGUACCCGGACCUUACCACUGCCCUGCGGGAGAUUGUAGGGAAUUAAAAGGACAUUUAAAAGCACAUGGGAAUACGAUCCCUUAUUCAUUUACAGGAUUUGAAUGAGGGAGUGUUAAUAAAAGACUGUCAUUGCACAUCAA